AUGAAGUCCACACGGUUAGGCACGUUGCCAUACGCGUUGCUAGCAUUGCUAGCCACGGGUGCGCGAGCGGGCGUCGACAACCCUACACCCGAAAAUUUCAUCCGCCGGUUUUACGCAUCAGCGGUGGUGCUGGGCGAGUAUUUGUACAUCGACGGCGGUGAGCUGGGACAGCUCGUGAAUGGCGUCCAAAGCCAGCCUACAUAUCCCGUCAACGGAACACUCUCCGUCUCACUAAAAUCGGCAUGGACGAAUGAGACCGUGACCAUGCGGUACAUCAAGAAGUCGGCGCCCUUGCAGAACCAGCAAGUAGUGUGGGUCAACCCAUCGACAUCGUCCUUCUUCGCCUGGGGAGGCAUGACGGCGGACAGCGGCCCCGCGGCCGAGAAAGAAGUAUGGAAAUUCACAGCCGACGGGUUUGGUAGCGGUGACUGGUCCCAAGCCAUCCCAUAUAGCGUCGUGGCCUUCAAUGACGCGCACCGCACCGUGAGCUCGGCAUUCACAAGCGUCGACGGGGUUGGGUACUCGAUCGGCGGUACCAUGAAGAGUACUGUGGACUCGAGCAUCACGGACGGCAAUGAGACUGCGGUACAGGGUAUCAUCACGUUCGACAUGGGCAGCAUGGACUGGGCAAACUUGAGCUCGGCUGGCAUGGGCCCCUACGGCACGACGAUGAACGGGAGGCUCGAGUACGUUCCCUUCGGGCCCAAAGGUUUUCUCGUCGUGCUAGGAGGCUCGGUGCCACCUGUUGGCGUACUAAGCCAGUAUGCGCAACAGGACUGGAACAAUAUCUGGAUAAUGGACCUGGGGACCAAAAAGUGGCAUCACCAGGCAGUCUCCGGGUCGAAACCUACCAACAGAGAGCGGUUCUGUACAGUCGGAACCCAGGGUCUAAACGGGACAUAUGAGAUCUUUAUACACGCCGGUUACUCAACCCCGACCGCGGAUACUGCCUCAGACGUCUUCGUGCUCUCCCUCCCAGGCUUUGUCAUGUUCAAAUCCCCAAACUCGGGGACGCCGCGACAGGACCACGCGUGCGUGGCAAUCGGUGGCAACAGCAGCUCGACUUCACAGAGACAGAUGCUCGUUGUUGGCGGACUGAAUGGUGCACGCGCAAAUCCCGCGAUGGACCCGGACCCUUGGGCACGAGGGCUGGGCAUUUUCGACAUGACCGAGAUGGUAUGGUCGAGUAGUUACGAUCCACAGGCCGCGGUGUACGACAGCCCUGCUGUUGUCAAGACCUGGUACUCGCAGGGGGGCCUAGACGCGGUCAACUGGGCCAACGAUGAAGUCAAGACACUCUUCGUGAGCGGCACCAACUCCUCGGCAAACAACGGCAAUGGGACCUCGACCUCCUCCGGCGACAGCUCCACGCCCAUAGGGUCCUCCGGCGCAGGGACGGGCAACAACAACACCGGCGCCAUUCUGGGCGGUACUAUCGGCGGCGCGUGUGGUCUCGCCAUUAUUGGCGUUCUAUCGUUCCUGCUCUGGCGCCAGCGCAAACGACUCCAGGCAACGCAGCAACAGCAGUACGACGCACCGCCAGACCUGGAUAAGACAAGCGCAGACGGCACAACACACGUGUGGAACCCGCAGUCGUCGGCGUGGCCUGCUGAGAUGCCGGCCUGGCCGCGGCAGCCUGUGGAGGUGGACGGGACCCAACAGCCCGUGGAAGCUGACGGGACUCAGCGGCCCGUGUAG